AUGAAUUUACUUUUACUUUAAUGAAGCAUUGUGUUAUUUGGUUAUUGUCGGAGUGUAUGCCCCAAAAAGCUAUUAGAAGAUCCACUCAGCAAAUUUAACAUUAUCGACCAGUUAUCACAUUAUCAGUUUUUAUUACAUUUUGAAUUAAGCAUAAAAAAUGCGCAGGUGAUUUCCAGGUUUCUGUGUCGUUGUUAGUCCUCCUCAAUCAUCAGUUCUUACAAGGCCUUUAAUUAAAACAACAUAGUGACAUCAACUCUAACUAAUCUAACAUUCCUACACACUCACAUGAGGCCCCAAAUCACGUAUAAAUCCAAACGGGCCUAAAUAUGGAAUGCGUUCGUACGUGUUCGCCCUAUCUUUCUGCUUGAGUUUCUGCGUAAACGGAAACCUUUCAUCCAAGUGAAAGCACGUUGCGUGAGUUUCAUCGACGCACUCGAUCGACUGACGUUUCUCAUGACCAUUUCAUUGGCUGGUCUAUUGCUGCUCAAGGUAAACCACACUUGGAAGAGGAGGAGGACCGCCAGAACCGUCUCCGGUCUCCACUCAGAGCACAGGAACGUUCAGAGAACGAGGGCGUCCGACUCUACUUCAUCAGCCUGGUCAGUGUGCGAGAUCAGGGCGGAGAUAGAGAGAGAGCGUGAAUACUGCCUGGGCCAGAUAGAGAACAAAACCACAGGAUGCAGUGGGAUGUGGGACAAGUUGAUGUGUUGGCCCAGUGCCGGACUGGAGGAAGUGGUCACCCUCCCAUGUCCCAAAUACUUCUCCUACUUCACCAGCCACCCCCGCAUCGGCAACCUGUCAAAGACGUGCACCGAGGACGGAUGGUCAACCAUAAGCCCCGCCUCCUACAACCUGCACUGUGGCUUCGACAGCAACAACACCAUGGAUGCUGAGGCGGUUGACUUGGGAGACUUCUACGUGGCGGUCAAAGUGGGCUACACGAUUGGCCACAGCGUGUCCCUCAUUGCCCUCACCGCCGCCAUCAUCCUUCUCUGUCUCUUCAGGAAGCUGCACUGCACGAGAAACUACAUCCACAUGAACCUGUUUGUGUCUUUCGUACUGAAAGCCACGUCGGUAUUCGUCAAGGAUGUGAUUCUUUAUCCUGGCGAUCAGCCGGAAGAAUGCCCCUCCUCUUCUCUCUCUCUCCCCAAGGUGGGCUGCAAGGCUGUGUUGGUCUUCUUUCAGUAUGGGAUCAUGGCCAGCUACUUCUGGCUGCUGGUGGAGGGUUUGUACCUCUACGCACUAUUGGCUGUUUCCUUCUUCUCGGAGAAGAAGUACUUCUGGUGCUACAUCCUGAUUGGUUGGGGUGUCCCAGCCAUCUUUAUCUCUGCCUGGGUGGGGACCAAGGUGUAUCUGAAAGAUCCAGGAUGCUGGGAUAUAAUCGAAGGACUCCCAUGGUGGAUCAUCAAAACUCCCAUCCUAAUUGCGAUACUGGUAAAUUUCUUCCUCUUCAUCUGCAUAAUCCGGAUCCUGCAGCAGAAGAUAAACUGUCCAGAUAUUGGCAGGAAGGAAUCCAAUCAAUACUCGCGACUAGCUAAGUCGACAUUACUGCUCAUACCUCUCUUUGGGAUGAACUAUAUCAUUUUUGCCUAUAUCCCCGAACACAUCCAACUGCAUGUGAGGAUGGUCUUUGAUCUGGUGCUGGGGUCCUUCCAGGGCUUCAUCGUCGCUGUCUUGUACUGUUUCCUGAAUGGAGAGGUGCAGUCGGAGGUGCGGCGGAAGUGGCGUCGGUGGAUGCUGCAGCGGUUCCUGAGCACCGCCGACACCAAGUACCAGCCGCCCUCCAUGGGCAGCAACGGCAACAACUUCAGCACCCAGAUCACCAUGCUGACCAAGUGCAGCCCCACCACGCGGCGAUCCUCCUCCUGCCAGGACCACCUCUCGGCCCUAUGAGCCCCGCCCUGACACCACCCAAACCCCCUGGGUCUGGAGCCGCCGAGCCCCGCCCUGACACCACCCAAACCCCCUGGGUCUGGAGCCGCUGAGCCCCGCCCUGACACCACCCAAACCCCCUGGGUCUGGAGCCUCUGAGCCCCGCCCCGACACCACCCAAACCCCCUGGGUCUGGAGCCGCCGAGCCCCGCCCUGACACCACCCAAACCCCCUGGGUCUGGAGCCGCUGAGCCCCGCCCUGACACCACCCAAACCCCCUGGGUCUGGAGCCUCUGAGCCCCGCCCCGACACCACCCAAACCCCCUGGGUCUGGAGCCGCCGAGCCCCGCCCUGACACCACCCAAACCCCCUGGGUCUGGAGCCGCCGAGCCCCGCCCUGACACCACCCAAACCCCCUGGGUCUGGAGCCGCCGCCGCCCUGACACCACCCAAACCCCCUGGGUCUGGAGCCGCCGCCGGCCCUCCCUUUGAGGUAGGUUUCUAGAAGGGGCCGUUGACGACGUAGCCGUUUCCAUCAAAGUUCAACCCGGACACCGAAUGAUAGGAUUCAAGCUAUUAAGAUGAAUGUCAGGUUAAAGAAGGGAAUGUCUAUCACUCUCAGGGGCCACUCACACUAGGGCCGCGGCCCCGUGCCCGAGCUCAUUUGCAUACUAAAGUCUAGAACGUUAGGCGAGUGUGACCACGCCAUCCGUAUUCCAGCACGGAACAGCCCCUUGGCCACGGCACACUUGGGAGAGGUGUGCCGUGGCCAAAGUAAAGAUGCUAAUGAGAUGACCUGCGCACACGCGCGGAUACGCAACGUGAGCUGGAUGACGUAGUCCUUGCGCGACCCUUCUUUCUUUAUAGGUCCAUGCCCUUCUUCCCCACAACAAUCAUUUCAAACAAUGGCGGCAAGCGGUUCACGAGUGUGUUUACGUUGGUGCGAUAGUGAAGUCGAGUGUUUGCUUGAAAUUUGGGCUGACGACAGCAUUCACGUUGUUGUUCUCCAUUGUUGUUAUGGCGGCGAGGACGCUUGGUGAUGACGUAUUUAUCGUAUUACGACGUGAUGACGUAUGUAUGAAGGAGCAAUCGUGCCCAGGCCACGGCCUUUGGGAGCAGUGUGACCACGGGCCAGCGGGGGGAGUGGGGAGGGGGGGAAUCGUGUUGAAUCUUCCUGCAGCACGGAACAGGCAAAACGGCCCUAUUGUGAGUGGCCCCUCAGACUAUGUAUCAUCCGGUGCCCGGCGGGGACUCGGAGAGACCCGGAUUGGGUCGCGAGAGACAUCGUUUAGCGUAUUGAUGCUCCAGGUGUAUUGAUUUUGGAGGCAGGCGUCUUGUCCGAGCAGUGUGUUUACAUGGGAGCAAUCAAAGCGCUUGACCUAUCAAUUUGAGUUGCUAGGUUACUGAUACCUAGCACACUUAUGCCGGUCCCAUUAUGAACCAAUCGAUUCGGCGUGGCGCUGGUUUCCCCCCCCACCCCCACGCUACCACGGGGUUGGAGCCUAUGGCGAGGCUGAUGCCCGUAAUGCAUUCCUUAAGGCCAUCGACAGCUUAUACAAGACAUGCUUGUGUUGUUGAAUUACGGCCAGAUUCCAUUCCGGCGGAGAGCCGACCAGCCAUAAGGCUUGUGAAACCUCUCUCUCACUCGGGUUACCCAGGCUUUUAUCUGCCCUGGAGAGCCCGUUUCACUCUGCAGUCACUCACGUCAUCGAGUCUUCAGAACCUCGCGGCCAGAUGGGUUCUGUUAGGAGUUCACAAACCUGGUGUUUCUGUUAGCAUAUUGGUGAAUAGAGGGGGGGAUGUGUUCAUCGUCGAGUUAGGCUCUACACUGUUAUGUUCCCUACACUCUGUUCUAUUAGAUUCUACUCUGUUCAUUUCUAUUAGAUUCUACUCGGUUCUGUGGUUUUCUACUGUACUUUUCUCUUCUACUCUACUCUACUAUGUUCUGUUCGAUGCUAUGUAAUUUUCAACAAUGCUCUAGUUCUAUUAUUUUAUGCCAUUAUAAUUGAAUAUAUAGAAUAAUUGAAUAGAAUAAUAAUUAUCCUUAUCUUAUCUUUUAUCUUUAUCAGCAAAUGUGGGGGAUAGAUUAGUUUAUCAACAUCUUGUACUAUUUGUUGUUGUAUUCCACUCUAAUCGGUUCUAUUCUACAAUUCUCAUCUGUGUUAUAUUCUAUUCUACUCUAUUUGAAUGUACUCUGUUCUAUUGUCAUCUGUACUCUACUCUGUUCUAACAAACUCUACUCUAUUUUAUACAAUUUAAAGAAACAGCCCUUUCCACUGGGCCACUACAAUGUAAAAUAAUAAUGGUGGAAGCGUCCGUAAACCAUCAUGGCCGUUCUUCCCGUGGACUCAUCGCCUGUUUAAUGUCGAUUUUCUUUUUUUCUACUGUAAAGGCAUUUUGUUCAGCAGACGGGACUAUUCUGUAGCCAGUGGCCACAGGAGUGUAGAAGAUAAAAGUAGGCUACCUCAGACCUAAAGUCACACGUUGUGUAUAUAAGGGGAAAGUGUAUAUAGUCUGAAUAAAGAGAUUUAUUACGUUUUAUGGGAAUGACUUGGAUGACUGGAAAUCAAUGUUUACAACGUAGUUUGUGUUCGUACCUGACUCUAUUUGCGUUGUAUCCGUGUAGCUGUUUCGACAUGUGUGUUCUAUUGUUGCUAUUUGUAUUGAACACUUAAUCCUCAUGUACAGUAUAUGGACAUAGUAAUGUAAAUAUCAUUGAAGAGAAAGUCACAUCAAUAAACCUAUUUGCAUUGUGGGCUUGCCUGCAUCGAGUGUUUUGCACUUUAAA